UUGAUGUGUCCCUCUGCUGAGUAGUUAGCAUCUGCCUGCCUCUCUCUCUUGGUCUCCUCUUCACUAUUCACAACCACGGAGCAGCAGAAGAGAAGAACAGAGUAGAAGCACCACGAAGAACCCAUCCCUCACGUCACCCGUUGACAGACAGAACCCCUACCCUAUCCUCGUCAAAUUCGAAAGACAGGAUCUUUCUGGGUUUCUUACGCUAGCCUCAGGGAUCACCUGAUCUUGAUGAUCCUCUGCAAUCCGGGGCCUGUCGAUUGAAGUGGGGGUUUCCAAGAAAAAUGUGCCUCGGUCUGUCCAUGCGCAGGUCCUUCAAGGACUCCCUCAAAGUCCUCGAAGCUGAUAUCCAGCACGCCAAUACCCUGGCAUCUGACUUUCCGAGGGAAUACGAUGGCGCGUGUCUCCAAAUGAGGAUGUCUUACAGCCCGGUGGCCCAUUUCUUCCUUUUCCUAGUCCAGUGGGCAGAUUGCCAUCUUGCUGGUGCACUAGGGUUGUUAAGAAUACUAAUCUACAAGGUCUAUGUGGACGGAACGACCACUAUGACAACGCAUGAGAGGAAAGCUAGCAUCAAAGAGUUCUAUGCGGUUAUUUAUCCUUCCUUGCUUCAACUACAAAAGGGAGUGACAGAUGCUGAAGAUAAGAGGCAGAGAGCAGUGUGCUUCGAGAGAUACAAGAGGAGGGAAGAGGCAGAGCAGAGGCAGUACUAUGAUAUAGAAUUCGAGAAAGAAGAUGACUGCGGAAUUUGCAUGGAUACAAACAGCAAGAUCGUAUUGCCCAACUGCAACCACGCCAUGUGCACUAAAUGUUACCAUGAAUGGAGGACGAGAUCGCAGUCGUGCCCAUUUUGUCGUGACAGUCUGAAGAGAGUGGACUCAGGAGACCUCUGGGUUCUCACAGAUAGUAGGGACGUAAUCGACAUCGUAACCGUGACUCGGGAGAAUUUAAAUAGGCUCUUCAUGUACAUUGGCAAGCUCCCGGUAAUCAUCCCUGAGAAUUUAAGCGAAAGCUAUGACCCACACUUGAGGUAAUGGAGAUACUGGAACUUCUUUUUCCUUGUGAUCUUAGUAAAUAAAUAACUUAAGAUUGGUAAAGUGUUUCUUCCCUCUUCAUAAAAGAAGGGCCCAGCCUCUGAUUGUGGGAGCUGGAGGGUGAAGUUGAGAAACCGAGAGGAGUAAUACCUCGUGGCCAUUUAUGUAAAGUUGUACCUUCGAUGUGAGUACGUACUUGUAAUCGAGUAGGAACUAUCAUAGGCUUGUAAAUACAUUUGGUUAUGUGCGAUGAUGUCCUGUUCUUCUUGUUUGGGUCAUUCCAAUUUGUCCGAUCUCUCCAAGGAGAUGUUAUGGUUGCUCUGUUUUUCUCAGCUAUUGGACUGAUUUCUCUCUU